GUGUAUAAUCUAUGUAGUAUUGUGUAGUUGUGUUACGUUGUGUAGGACUCGGAAAAAAAUAUAUACACAAAUUUAUUUAUGUGAUUUAAUUAAUUUAAAAAUUUUAAGAGCUUACUAAGUACUGUGUAACAUUUUAGUAAUGAUAAAAUCUUAAAUAUCACAUAUUUAUAUAAGGAUAAAAUGAACUGUCUUGUGUAACCUGAAAAUAUGUUAUUAUUUUGGUCAUAGAUUUGUUGAGACGUACACCACUGACCAACUUGUUUAAUUUUGAAUAAUUUAAAUACUCCAGCUGCAUAUAUUUCGGGUUCAAAAUGAUGGCUGGAAAAGUAAUGCCAGAAACUGAAGAGCAGAAUCGAAUAAGAUUUCAAGUGGAACUUGAAUUUGUGCAGUGCUUAGCAAAUCCAAAUUACAUUCACUUUUUGGCACAGCGAGGUUAUCUUAAAGAACAAACUUUUGUAAACUAUCUUAAAUAUUUGCAAUAUUGGAGAGAGCCAGAAUAUGCUAGAUAUUUGAAGUAUCCCAUGUGUUUGCAUUUUUUGGAGUUAUUACAACAUGAAGCAUUUAGAAGAGAAUGUGUAUCGGCACAAGUUUGCAAAUUCAUGGACGAUCAAGCAAUAUUGCUAUGGCAACAUUAUACUCGUCGGCGUACACGCACGUUACAACCGCCGGACGCACCGGCGCUUCCUGCGCCGCCCGCACCGCCACAACAAGGUCCACCAAGACAACAAACUUAGGAUGUUCAUGAUUGUUGUUUUAGAAAUCUUUUCAAUGCAUGAAAGUCACGCUAUGUACACGGCAUGAUCCUGUUUUGUAAUUAGUUUCAUAUGAAAUUUAAAUUUGUAAUUGUUUUAACUCUAGAUAAGUAAUUAAUUACAUUGGAACAUGCACCUACAAUGUAAAAAGUAAUUGCUAACGACCUCUUUGCGUUUCAUAUUUUGUUUUACGAAAUGUUUAGUUCGUUAUGACGUAGUUUGACGUAAUAAUUUGCUUAAUAAAACUAUGUAUCUACGUUUAUAAAAUAUAUCUAUCGUAUUUAACUUAACCUACAUAGAUGUAUGAGCGGUUAAGCAAAUUGUUAUUAAUAAAUACAAUAAAUAAAUAAAUAUUUACUAACAAUCACGCCACGUUAGCUGGUCCCGUGAUAAGUUCGUAAAGAACUUGUGUUACAGGUACCAGAUAACGGAAAUAAAUGUAAGAUUUUUAUUAUACACAUACAUAUAUUUAAUAUACAUCCAUAACCCUGGAAAAGACAUUUAUAUUUAUCAUACAUUUAUCUUCCCUUGGCGGGAUUCGAACCCGCGACCCCCUUGUGUAGUGACCAUGUCACUUACCACUACACCAGACGGCCGUUAAAUAAAUAAGUUGAUGAUUUGAAUUCUCUCACUAUCAGUUACUACUUGCACUACAUUGUGCACUGCUUACACCUAUGUUUUCAAAGUAAAGAUAAUUUGUUAUAUUAGGUACUUAUUUAUUAUGAAAUUAGCGUUUUGUCGUACUGACCACUUUGAUCUGAAUUAACUUCUCUUUGGUUAAGAAUUCCAAAUUCAAAUUUAUAAAUUCAUUUAGCUGGUACAUUUGAGUUUUGAAAACAGUCAUUCAUUUGUUUUUUCCACGAGCAGUACGUGUUCUACCAUGGCACCAGUGCUGAAGAAUCAGCUCGAAGGAUUAAUGGUGUGUACGACGCUGGUGUCGCAAAAGGAAUCACGGUACAUACGCUUUUGGUUUCAACGUUUUCGUUCUAGAAAUGUCGACCUUCAGAUCCAAUCCCGUGGACGGCUGGAGACCAAAUUGGAAAAUGAAGAAUUAAAGGCUAUCAUGGAAGCGGAUCCAUCACAAAGCGCUUCAGAGAUAGCUGCAAGCUUCGUGGUAAGUGAUGAAACUGUAGUAAUCCACUUGAAGCAAAUCGGGAGAGUAAAAAAACUUGAACGAUGGGUACCUACCUCAUGAAUUGAGUGAAUCGAACUUGCAAACAUGCCUCGACUCCUGUGAUAAUUUGCUCAACCGACACAAUAAUGAAGGGAUUUUAAAUCGAAUCAUUACUUGUGAUGAAAAGUGUAUACUGUACGAUAGUCGGAAGCGCUCGUCGCAAUGGCUGGACCCUGGAGUACCAGCUAAAUCCUGCCCUAAACGAAAAUCGACUCAGAAAAAGUUACUUGUGAGUGUUUGGUGGACUAGGGCCGUUAUCGUUCACUGCAGCUUUCUAAAAUCUGGCCAAACGAUUACGGCAGAUAUUUAUUGUCAGCAACUGCAAACCAUGAAGGAAGAGCUAGCUGCUAAACAACCGAGAUUGGUCAAUCGCUCUAAGCCACUGCUGCUUCACGACAACGCAAGACCACACACUGCACAAAAAACAAUCACUAAGUUAGAUGAGCUACAAUUGGAAUGUCUGUGGCAUCCACCGUACUCCCCGGACCUUGUACCAGCAGAUUACCAUUUUUCCGGAAUUUGGAACACAUCUUGAAAGGAAAAAAAUUCAACUCCGAUACGGCAGGGCAGUCCAAACCGCCUUCAAGGAUAUUAUUGAUUCUCGUCCCCAUGGUUUUUUUAAUAAAGGGAUAAAGGAACUACCUAUGAGAUGGCAAAAGUGCAUAGAUAACAACGGUGCAUACUUUGAUUAUUUAAAUGUAUUGUAAAAAAAAAGACUUUAUAUUCCUCCCGUACAAAACGCUAAUUUCAUAUGUAAGGACCUAAUAUAUCUAUCUAUAGAAUUAAAGUUAAAGUUCGAUUCUAAACUUUAUACAGAACACACGAUGAAAUAAUUACAACAGGAAGGAAUAGGAAUUCUAAGUGACGAUAACUUUAUCAUCAUUUAGAACUAACUCAGUGUGAUUUUUAAAACUAACAAAUAAAAAAAUAAGUUUGACGAUCUAAAUUUAACAUUUUUCAAUUUUUAAUGACCAUUCCUUCGGCGAUUUGUCGAGGACGAGGUAGUUUUGUAGUUGUGAUUAAAAUAACUAUGCAUUUUCCAUUCCGUAUAAUUUGAUUCGUUAAUUACGCAUACAUACAAAUCUAUAUUUUAAAUAUGUACAAAAGUUCAUAGAGUAGGAAGUAGUUUUAUAAAAGUAUCAAAAAGCCACAGAAUAUGUAAAAAAAAAAGACUGACGCACUAGCACUUUGAAACUAAAAGUCAAUAAGAGAUCGAAGGAAAGAAGACACCUCCACGUGAUCCUUGAGCGUAACACGUUCACGGCUUACAGACCGCUAGUUACGAGCCGGCUCACUUUGGGGAGCUCGGAAAGGGAAGAAGAGGCGAAUUAAUUCACCAGUGUUGCUGAGGGGCGUGAGCUGGGGCAGAGUGAGCGGCUUGCGCGUGGGCGGCCAAAUGAGCAGCACGCGCGGCGGCGACCUCAGGUGUGUCGAGGAUGCCGGAACCAUCGUUGGCUAGUCUGAUGUUAGCGGGCUGGUGA